CAACAUAUGUUUUUGACACCUCCUCACAUAGCUUUAAUGCAAUACCCUUGGAAUUUGCAUUGUACUUUUCAAGUCAUGAUGAAAUUGGACAAAAGCAUCACAAAACCAAAUGGCAGGAUGUCCAACAUACUCUGGACAAUGACACAUGA